GUUGUUGUUUUGGUGCUCUGUUGUUGUUUGGUGCUCUGUGGGUGUUUUGGUGCUCUGUUGUUGUUGUUUUGGCACUCUGUGGAUGUUUUGGCGUUUUCAGUUGAGGCUGUGAUGAUGGCGUCUUGAUGUUUACCUGAUGGUGAUGAUGUCAUCAGUGGCGCAGCAAGACAUUUCCAGGCUCCAUGACAUUCGAGUUUCCAGGUCUGAGUGCGUGCAGAGUCAUCGCUGAUGUGCUGACUCACGGCUCAGCUGCUGUUAACCCCUCGCUGUCUGCUCAUGGCAUGCUGCGUUCAGGGGCCUCCCCUGGCAGGGGAAAGCAGUGACAUUAACCCUUUGUUUCCUGUGAGUCGCAGCCUUCCAUGUUUGAAGCCGGGGGCGAGGGAAGGUGUCUAGGUGAGAUGAGUGUGGGGGAAUCCCCAGCCAGGCUUUAAGGGACUCUUUUAAGGUGGAAUGAUGAGUUUGUUCGAUCCAUUUCCAGUCACUUUACUCUCACUUUGAUUUUUCCUCGCUGCCUCCACCCACUCGCCAUUUGCUCGCCAUCUACACGCCUGCUGCUUUCAGGUCAUGUCAGACAGACACUACAGCUGAGAAAACCUCUGACCUUCACACACUCUACUCACUGUUUAUUGUCUGUGUGGACCUGAACAUGGACCUGGACGUGAACGUGGACCUGAACAUGGACCUGGACCUGGUUCUGGUUCUGGUCCACAGUGAGACCUGAUCCUGGAGCGGUCCUUUACCCUUGGUGUUAAAGGUGACCUCACCGCCCGGCGUUCUUCUUCUGGAGGCGUUUUACGGUGGCUCUCACAAACAACUGAUCGACCUGCUGACGGAGAACAUUGACGGCUGCUCCGUCUUCACGCUGCCGGCCAAGAAAUGGCACUGGAGGGCAAGGACGGCGGCGCUGCACUUCAGCCAGACCGUCCCCACCUGCCCGUCUUACAGGUGAGACUCAGGGUUCUGUUCAGCAGCUCGGUCCUCAACCUGUGUGAGCUGGUGGCUCUGAGACCGGACCUGGCUCGUCUGAAGAAGGUUCUGUACUUCCAUGAGAACCAGCUGGUUUAUCCGGUCCGCAAAGAACAGGAGAGAGACUUCCAGUAUGGAUACAACCAGGUCCUCUCAUGCCUGGUGGCAGAUGUCGUGGUGUUUAACUCUGUCUUCAACAUGGAGUCCUUCUUGUCCUCCAUUUCCACCUUCAUGAAGAAGAUCCCAGACCACAGACCCAAAGACCUGGACCUGCUGAUCCGGCCUAAGUGUGUGGUCCUAUACUACCCGGUCCAGUUCCCUGAUGUCAGCAGGAUGCUACCUGAUCACAAACUCGUCCGCAGUCCUGGAGAGACGUCAGAUAACAUCACUACACCCCAGGACGAGUUGCCAUGGUGUGAGCAGGGUCCAUAUCAGUCCACCUCUGAACCCAGAACAGACCAGAGACCGCGAUGUGAGGCGGACCCUGAAAACCAGAUCAGACCUCUGCACAUUGUGUGGCCGCACCGCUGGGAGCAUGAUAAGAAUCCUGAGCUGUUCUUCAACACUCUGAUCAAACUGAAGGAACAACGCCUCAACUUUCACCUGUCGGUGCUCGGAGAGACGUUCACUGACCCUCCAGAGAUCUUCUCCAAGGCUCGUCGUCUGUUGGACUCUCACAUCCUGAACUGGGGCUUCCUGUCCAGCAAACAGGACUACGUGAAGGUGCUGUGUCAGGCCGACGUGGUCGUCUCCACCGCCAAGCACGAGUUCUUCGGGGUUGCCAUGUUAGAGGCCGUUCACUGUGGAUGUUAUCCUCUGUGUCCAAAGGCUCUCGUCUAUCCUGAAAUCUUCCCAGCGGCGUACCUGUACUCGACACCUGAGCAGCUCUGUAAACGCCUUCAGGCGCUCUGCAGGAGGCCUGACAUCACCCGCAGACACGUUGUCAAGGUCGACACCUCCUCCUUCUCCUGGGCAUCUCUUAAGGAGCGCUUUGAGACUCUGCUGGCGGCACACAGUCCCUGAACGCACCAUGGAGCCCGGGCCCAUUAGUGCGGGCUGGUUCUGCCAGGCCGGCGUCAUGCCUGACUCAGUGCCACGUCCCACAGAAAGAGCCCGACUCAGACACCUCUGAGCCCAAAUCAAAGGCAGGCCGGGCCGGAGACACCGAGUCUGGACCUGUAAACGUCCCCGUCCUCUUUAUGUGUGUGGUUGAGGUGGAGGAAGAGGAGGAGAAGGAGGAGGAGGUGGAGGAGGAGGAUGUUUUUUUUAUCCUUUGUGCUGCUGAAUGUCUGUUCACCACAGAGACUGAGUGGCAGCCAGGCUGAUGUCUGAGUCUGCAGCUCCACCAGAACCAGAACCAGGUCCACGUCCAGAACGAAGUGGAUCUGUAGACCUGCUGCACUGUACUCAGAGUUUGAUCUGAUCAUAAAUAAAAGAUUUAAUGAAACCAAA